AAAAAAAGAGAGAGAGAGAGAGAAUUUUUACUUUAUUUAUAGUAAAGAAUUUAACUUUGUUGAUAAGCACCGCUCAAUAUAUAUUGACUUGCAAGAGUAACUAUUCUUUCUUGUUUUUUCGUUUUCGAUUUUCCUCCCAUUUCUCUCUCUAGAGGUUCCAUGGUUUCUUUUCCUUGGCGUGGAGAGAGGGAGAGACUGGCCCAUCAGAUCGAAGUCUCCAAUCUUUAGUUGGUUUUCAUGGGAUCUGAGCUGAUUCUAUGGAGUUUAACAGACCACUCCUUUAAUUUUUCCUUUGUUUCAUUUUGCAAUUAUUAGUGUUACUUUAUCUUGUCUGCUCCUAUUAUUAUUUGUUUUUCCCUUUGUUGUUGGCUUUGAAUUGGCAAAAUUCCAACUUCAUAUUCAACUGAACUGGGGAUACUGUUAUUCGAUUCAAUUCAUGAGGGGUUCAUGAGAAGAAGCAGUUUCAGGAUGUGGGUCUGAGGAAUGGGAACAAAGAUACAGUGCUACAUGCCAGGAUAUUAUUACUCAAUGAGGGAUCUUAACGAGGACUCUAGCAGUAAUAGCUGGCCCGCAAGUUAUGGGGAUAAUAAGGCCAUGGCAAACGGGCAAUAUCAUAACGGGUUUGUGCAGAAUAUCACAACAGAUGGUUAUCUAGGGUAUGGCAAGGAUGCUUUGAAGCAGAAAAUGCUUGAACAUGAGGCAGUUUUUAGAAGUCAGGUUUACGAACUCCACCGUCUUUACCAAAUUCAAAGGGACAUGAUGGAAGAAUUGAAAAGGAAAGAAGAGCAAAAACUCCGAGUAUCAACUGAGCAAUCAUCGUCUCAAGAUCCUCGUAAAUGGCACAUGUCAGGCUUCCUUCAAGAAAAGAUGUCUCAUUCCAGACUGGAAAUCGAGAAUUCACCCAUGAGUUGUACCAAAGGGUACAACAUCACGCAGCCCAGCAGUCACUCUCCUUUCCACAACAUUCCUUCUCUUAAGGAAAGGAAAAAGUUGUUCGAUCUUCAACUCCCGGCAGAUGAAUAUAUUGACACAGAGGAGGAAGAGGGCAAAGUAUCUGACAUGUCGAGUCAUUCUCCUUGCACGAAACGUGGACGUGAAAUUACGAAUUUGUCCCUCGGCAAUCGUGGGAUUAAGUUGGCCGAUUUAAAUGAGCCCUUUGAAGUUGAAGAGUCUGUGGGUCCAUCUACUGUUGAUUUCCUCGAUUUUGGUGGGAUGAAAAAAGGCGGGAGUCGGGUUGAUAAGUCGGAUGCGGGUUGUUAUUUUGGUGAAAAUGAAGACAAAAAGCGAGGAAUUUGUGACGGGUUUUCUUUUAAGUCUUGUGUUGCAAGUAAGGUUAAUGAGAGUGCAUGGUUCUCGCAUCCAUACGAAGCAGGUUCAAGUAAAAGCAACCUCAGUUAUGCAACUCAAAAAGAAAAGAUGCCAAUACUCUCUCAUCCAGCUACAGGCAUGCCUAAUCGGGCUUCGGGUUCGGGCCCAUUCUUUAGUUCUUGCUUUUCCAGUUCACAGCCAAACUCAAAUCUCAUUUCUGGACAUAAAAUAACUGCAAAGAACAGAUUUUAUCACGGAUCGUCCUCAAAAGCAAAUAACUUUCCGGGCUUUGAUAACCUGAACUGCAGUAGUAGGGCCGCUAGUAAUCAGUCGACCAAUCGAAUAUUCGGACAGAUUCUUCAAAACUCAAAACCCGUAAUAAUUAUCGACUUGAAUGAGGACGAAGAUGGUAGUAAUAAUAAAAGUAAUAAGCAAACUUUGCCUUGGCUUACGACGGAUCUCAAUCAACCUUCGAACGACAUUGAAGUUUCGAAUACGGAAAAGACAGAAAGUUCCAAGAAACUCAUGGGAUUCCCCAUUUUCGAAACGGGCGCGCCACCUGUCAUUGACUGCCCGAAAAAUAAAAACCGGACAAUCGACCUAAAUUUGGAGUGUGAGCUCGACGAAGAUCCACGAGUCGAUACACAAACUGCUGAGAAGGGCAAAAUGGGAAGAAUUGGGCCGCUUAUCGAUCUGAAUUCGUGCGAUAGCAAUUUUAUCGAAGAAGACGACGUUGAGAUAAAUGCGGCUGAUAUAAUGGUCUCCAUCUCAUCCUACAAUCCUCUAGCUGAGUCUCUAAUGUGGCUCGCGGGCCUGUUUGAGGCCCACGGGCCCGAAGUGCCAUGGCCUGGCCCACCACCGCAUGGAGAGAUUGACGAUUUUGAGGCCAUGACAUUACAAAUACAGGAGACCAAAGAGGAGGACUACAUGCCAGCUCCAUCUGGCCCAGUUCAAGUGGGGCCCGCAAUUUACGUGGGCCGGGCCAGGAGAGGCCAGCAGAGGAGAGGGAGGCAGCAAAGGAGGGAUUUCCAGCGAGACAUUCUCCCGGGCCUUGCCUCUUUAACAAGGCAAGAAGUGACUGAGGAUAUACAGGUGUUGGGUGGGCUCAUGCGGGCCAUGGGCCAGGACUGGUCACCGGGCCAGCCCAAGAGGAAUAUGGGCCCAAGGGGCAGACGGCGGGCCCAUGCAGCAGCUGAGGAGCAGAUGUUGGGAUGGGGGAAGAAAACGAGGCGGCCCAGAAGGCAGAGGUGCCAGGUGGCGGGUAAUAGUAGCAAUAGCAACGGUAGUAAUAAUAAUAAUCCUCCUCCGCCUGCUGUUGCAUUAACAUAAUUUAAAAAUAAUGAGAAGAAUAUAAAGAAAAGAAAAGGAAAAGAGUUUACUUUUAUAUAAUUUGAUUGUGUUGACCUCAUGAAAGGGGAUGAGACUCGAGGAGGAGGCUCGGUAUACGAGUUUUUUCGUGAGACUGGAGAUCGUUGUCUUUGUAAAUUUCGUCGUAGGCUGGUUAUAAUUUGGGUUGUGGUUGUAGUUUUUUCCCUUUGAUGUGUUGUUGAGGAAAUAAUGUUAGCUUUGAUUUGAUAUAUACACACAACUUUGUUUCUGUUUUGAGUGAGUUUUGUUCUUUGUUUCUCACUAAGAGCCACCAGCAGACUGAAAUCUGAAGAUCCAUUGGAUCAAUGUAUAGAGCCUGAGUAUUUUCCAAAUUUAUGGUAACAAAAUGGUAGGGAUUUUAUUUAUUUGGUGAAUUACAUUAUGCAGUUUGGUUAGACAUGACCACAGCUCGUGGUCAACGGGCCUUGAACCGAGCCUUGGUUUAAUCAGGCCAGUUUCGGGCCACAUAUAUUAUAUAUG